AUGAUCUUUUCUGAUAAUCAGACUGGCACUCUGACGCAAGAUGGACUCGACUUAUGGGGAGUGAUUCCUUCUUACGAUGGUAUAUUUACAGAAGCCGAAUCAGAUCCAAGCCUAUUGCCGAAACCAUCGCCUCUCAUCGAAGCAUUGGCUACAUGCCACUCGCUGACUCGAAUCCAGGGCCAGCUUGCUGGUGACCCUCUUGAUCUCAAGAUGUUCAUCUCUAUCAAUUGGGUGCGUCUGUGA